AUGAGUUGCAACGGAUGUAGGGUCCUGCGGAAGGGAUGCAGCGAGAGCUGCGUGUUGCGCCACUGUCUGGGGGGAAUCGAGGGCGCGGAGGCACAGGGCCACGCGACGCUGUUCCUCGCCAAGUUCUUCGGCCGCGCGGGCCUCAUGGGCUUCGUCACAGCCGUUGACGAGAGUCAACGCCCAGCGCUAUUCCAGUCGCUGCUGUUCGAGGCGUGCGGGCGAACCAUCAACCCGGUCUUCGGCUGCGCGGGGCUGCUCUGGACGGGCCAAUGGCACCUCUGCGAGUCCGCCGUCGAUACCGUCCUUCGCGGCGGCUCCAUCCACCCCAACGCUAACGCCAACGCCACCGCCAGCGCCGGCGCCGCCGCCAAUCCCGCCGCGGCUGGAAGCGUCACACCCGGCGCAGCGGCAGCGCCUCCGCAGUCGUCCGCGCUGCCCUCCGCGGGAGUGACGCUGCCGUCGUCUGGGUCCGUUGUGAUGGUCCCCACUCCCGCGUCCGCGCCCGCCACGUCCGGAACGACCUCCGGAACCACCGCCGUCGCCGGCGCAGGCGCGUCCUCCCCUCCGCUCCCCGUCGCUGGCGCCGCCGGGAUGGCAAACCACCGCCUUGGGAUCUCCGCGUCGCCGCUUCCGGCGCUUCCGGGCGCGACGGCGGCGUCCGCGGCAUCGACGAUGGGGCCGUUCGGAAUGCACCCCGGCCACGUGCAGCAAUUGCAGCAACAGCAACAGCAGCAGCAGCAGAUGAUGCAUCUGCAGCACAUGUACGCGGCGCAGUCUAUGUACCAGCCGGCAAGCGCGGCCAUGUAUCAGCAGACCAUGGGGAAUGUCGCGAUGGGGUCGGCGGCAGCGGCAACGGCGGCCGCCAUGGAUAUGAUGCAGCCCGCCGCCGCCAUGGCCUACUGGCCUUCCGCCGCGCCGGGCCCGCCGCCUUUUCCGGGUCUUGCCGCCCCGCCCGGAGCCACGGCGCCCGGGUUGGCCCCCGGGAUGAUCGGCGCUGCGGUCGCGCCGCCUGCGCCGGGGAUGAUGCACGGAAUGACGAUGGCUGGUAUGCAGCCAAUGGUAUGCGGCCAGGUGGCAGGUAUGGGUCAGUCUCCGUACAUGGCGGCGGGCCAGCCGGGGGGAUCAGCGGCUGAGGCGGCGGCGGCGGCCGCGGCCGCGUAUCAACGGGCGCUGUACCAGCAACAUUACACGCAGCCCGCGCAUGCGCAUGCGGCGGCGCAAUCAGCGCAACAGCAGCAACACCAACAGCAGCAGAGUCAGCAGCAAGACGCUAACGCGCAGCAAUCUCAGGACCAACAGCAACAACAGCAACAGCAGUCGGAGCAAGAGGUCGCACAAGCGCAAGAGCAAGCCAACUGCGCGGGAGUAACCCCCGCGCUUGGCGCGCGUGCGUUCUGUCCCCCGACCACCACCGCCGCGGAUCCCCGCUCCGCCGGGUCUUGCGCGGGAGCGCGACUCACGGGCAGAGGCGCAGCUGCCCCGGGCGGCGGCGGACCAGGUGGCGCGGGGCUCUCCGCCAAGUCCCCCGCGCACAUGGGGUUCGGCGGAGGCGCCUGGGCGGCGAGUUACGGGGGAAUAGGCGCGGGAGCGGGGGGCGGAGGAGGUGCAGCGAUGCUGAACGGACCGACUCCAGUGGGGGGCAUGUGGGAGGCGGCCGGGGGAAGCAGCGCGUUCGCGAUUCCCAUCCCCGCGGCGUUCCAGCCGCAGCCGUUCGCGAAAGCGGGCCUGCUCGCCCCGCCGCGUCUGUCCGGAUCGACGGUGUGCCAGGCGCAGAGCCCGUCGGGGUGCCUGUCGCCCGUCACGAGUGGAACGAGCGGGACGAAAACGAGCCGCAGCCCUGAAGAGACGAGCCCGUGCGGCAGUCCGCCGCUGGUUGCGCCGGUUGCGCGGCGGCCGAAGCUGGUGCACUCGCCGAUCUCCGCGGCUGCGAGAUUUGUGCCGCGCGCGGCGGGAGUUUCUGUCCCCCGCACGGAUUUUGCACCGGGAGCAGGAGUGGGAGGUGAGUGGGAAUCCAUGGGCUCUCCAAGUGCUGCUGAGGUGCUGGAUGGACCUCCUCCUAUGGCUGCAUGCUCCGCUGCUGCUUCAGAUGACAGCAGGAGCAGCAAACGCCAACAGCAACAGCAACAGCAACAGCAACAUCAGCAGCAGCAGGAACACCAAGAGCAACAGCAGCAGCAGAAAGAGGAGAGAUCGGGUGGUCUGCUUCAGCUGCUGUGA